UCUCCCCCUCCCCCCCCCCCCCCCACCCACCCAUCAUGGCGGAGCAGGCGGCGAAGGUGGAGGCGGCCGGUGGUGGCGGCGGCGAGGGAGGCCCCGUAGUGGCCGAGGCCCAGCACCUGGUGAACGGCGGCCCCCAGGACAAGGACGACGAGGUGGCCGAGGACAGCACCAAAAAGAAAAAGAAGAAGAAGAGGAAGGGCAAGAGCGGAGGACAAAACGAAGGUGAGAAAGAAUCUGCGGGAGUUGAUGAUGUAACAAAGCAGCUGGAAAAGCAACUAAUCGAAGACAAGGAAAAAGAGGAAGAAGGUGAAGAAGAGGGAGAUGGUGAAAGUGAAAGUGCUACAGCCAAGAAAAAGAAGAAGAAGAAAAAGAAAAAAGGACCAAAAGUACAGACAGAUCCUCCUUCCAUUCCCAUUUGCGAGUUGUUUCCCUCUGGCAUAUUUCUUAAAGGACAGGAGUGUGAAUAUCCACCUUUACAGGAUGGGCGUACUUCUGCUUGGCGCAUGACCAGCGAGGAAAAGAAGGUGCUAAAUCAGGCCAGUGAGGAAAUCUGGAGUGAUUUUAGACAAGCAGCUGAAGCUCACAGACAAGUUCGCAAGUAUGUUAGAAGCUGGCUUAAGCCAGGGAUGACCAUGAUUGAGAUCUGUGAAAGGCUGGAAGAUUGCUCCCGUAAGUUGAUCAAAGAAGAUGGAUUGAAUGCGGGGCUGGCGUUUCCGACAGGCUGCUCUCUGAACAACUGUGCAGCCCAUUACACACCCAAUGCAGGAGACCCAACCGUGCUGCAGUAUGAUGAUGUGUGCAAAAUUGAUUUUGGAACACACAUCAAUGGCCAUAUCAUUGACUGCGCGUUCACAGUUGCUUUCAACCCCAAAUACGACAAGCUUAUAGAAGCUGUUAAAGAUGCUACUAAUACUGGUAUCAAGAAUGCAGGAAUUGAUGUUCGCCUGUGUGACAUUGGAGAAUCCAUUCAGGAAGUCAUGGAGUCCUAUGAAGUUGAAAUUGAUGGCAAAACUUACCAAGUAAAACCAAUUCGCAAUCUAAAUGGACAUUCCAUUGGGCAGUAUAGAAUACAUGCAGGCAAAACUGUUCCAAUUGUCAAAGGUGGUGAAGCUACCAGAAUGGAGGAAGGUGAAGUGUAUGCAAUCGAGACAUUUGGCAGCACAGGGAAAGGUGUUGUCCAUGAUGACAUGGACUGUUCACAUUACAUGAAGAACUUUGAUGUUGGCCAUGUACCAAUUAGACUUCCACGAGCAAAGCACCUCCUGAAUGUUAUCAAUGAGAACUUUGGGACACUUGCCUUUUGCCGUCGAUGGCUAGACCGUUUGGGUGAGAGCAAAUACCUCAUGGCCUUGAAGAACCUGUGUGACCUGGGUAUCGUAGAUCCAUACCCUCCCCUGUGUGACAUCAAAGGCUCGUACACAGCACAGUUUGAACACACCAUCCUGCUACGCCCAACGUGUAAAGAAGUUGUGAGCCGUGGGGACGAUUACUAAUCAUUUGGCCUUUGCUGCGCUGAGAGGCUGUGUGAAUGGUUUUGCCUUCAACGUUCUCCCACCCACCUGUUUGUUUUAGUAAUGGACCGGGUUUAAGUUUGCCAUGUUUGAGAGAGGGUGGCAGUAGGGAGGAGGAGCACCUUGUAUUUCCACCCAUCACCAAUUUUUAAUAAAAGGUUUCUGAUAUCUAGGAACUUUGUUAUGUGGAUGGGAUUUUCUCCUUAACACUUACGGAUGGAUUAAUAGAGUGCAAUUGAAGUACAACCAUUGGAGCAGAAUGUGAUAACUCAUAUUAAACUGUCUGCUGCUAUAAUAAAAACUAAUUUGGUACUGGC